CCAAUUGGGACGAUAGCCAAUAAAAGGAAAAAAAAAGUCAAAAGUCGUUAUAUUUUUCAUCUCAGUAAUUAAUUAUCAGUUACACAGUGAUUAAUAUUUUGUCAGUAUAUAUCAUUAUAAAUAUAAACUAAAGAUAAAUAAAUAUACAAAACUAAUUCUAAAAUAAAUGUAAUUGAAAUAAUUGAGUUUCAAGUAUUUCUUGUUGAACAAAAUGGAAAUUUUAGGUUAUUCCCGUUUCCAACAGCAUCAAGUAAUUUAUAAUUGGAAAAUUGAUGAAAUCAUACUAUUUAUUGAGCUUACUAAAAACGAUCAAGAGACAGUAACGCUUAAAUCAUCUAACUUUACCACAAAUGGCAAAACAAAAAAUUCGUGGUAUUUAUACCUGAGACUAUUAGAAGAAAAGGAAUGGAUAUCAAUAUAUUUAGGUCGAAAUAAUGGGAAAGACAAAGUAAGAACGAAGUUUUCACUAUUUAUUUUAGACAGCAAAAAUGAAAGGAAAUUUCUCAAAACUGCCUAUAAGAUUUCCGACUUCAAUGCUGGACAGGGAUAUCCUAAAUUUCUUGAAAUAAAACAGUUACUAGAUAACAAAGACGAUUUUUUACCAAAGAAUAAUUUAACUGUAUGUAUUGAACUAACUGUUUACGACGAUUAUGAAUCAUUUACUACUGAAAUGCCGUUGGAAAUACCACAGCGUCAAAUAACUGAUGAUUUUAAAGAACUAUAUGACAGUAAAAUAAACAGUGACGUUAUUUUAGUUGUGGGUAAUGAAAAAUUUGAAGCUCACAAGAUCAUACUGUCAGCUCGCAGUCCUGUAUUCCUCGCGAUGUUCACUCAUGAGAUGAAGGAAAAGAGAGACAGUGAAGUUGAUAUACCCGAUAUAGAUCCUGGAACUUUCAAUAAAAUGUUGGAGUUUAUUUAUACUGACAAAAUAAAUGAUUUGGAUACGGAUGCUGCGGAUUUAUUAAAAGCUGCCGAUAAAUAUCAAUUGUUGAAACUAAAAAGUUUAUGCGAAAAAUCAUUGUCUAAGUCAGCCAGUAUUGAUAGUGCAAUUAAAUUGAUGAUUUUAGCAGAUAUGCAUAAUGCUAAUCAAUUAUUCGAGCAUGUGCUUGAACUGAUAAUAAAAAAUAUCGAAGAUGUUAUUAAAACUCCAGAGUAUAAAGAACUUGAAGCAUCUGAACCAUCGCUAUUUUCAAAAUUAUUUAAAAAAUUAGUGACUUCAAUAAAACUUAAUGCUUCAAAAGAUGAAAAAUAAUUGGGAUACUGUCCACAUAGUACACGAUUGAUUCAAGAACAGCGUUUGAUUGGAUUAUUUAACUAAAAUAUUUGGGUUUUAUGAUCUGAAAACCUUUAAUACUUAUUUUGUGAAUUCAAUAAUGUUUAUUUUUAGAAAGUAAGGUUUAAAUCAAUUAGAUUUACUGUUUCCUAAUAUGCUAUUUUUAGAUUAACAUUCAAAAUAUACAUAACAUUAUAAAUAUCUUAACUUUUUUCAAUACUAGGUAAAAAUUAAUUUACAUCAAUUAACAUUAUUUUACUUUUAUUUUUUUAAAUUAUUGUCAAAUUUAAGCGUAAGAAAUUCCUCACUGACGAUCGUGAACAAAUUUUUGUACUUUUAUAU